ACCAGCUGGCAGGAUGGGGACUGCGGAGGGGUCUCCUGCACCCAGAGUGUCUUGCUGUGUCUCGGGGCUCGCCACUGCAGGCUGAAGUCAUCAAAAAGAGACCGAAAGCAUAGAGAGGGAUAACUUGCAAAAGGCAGAGCUCUUCACUCCUGUAGAUGGGGCGCUGGAUAUGUUGCCUUUGCUCCAGAGUUGCAGACCCAUUGAUGCUGCUCCUGGUUUUGGCUCUGAGCUGUAGCCCUUCCACGGCAGCAACAGCUUCUCCAUCUGUGCCCCACGUCAAACCCAGCUACAGUUUUGGCCGGACUUUCCUGGGACUUGAUAAAUGCAACGCCUGCAUUGGGACAUCCAUAUGCAAGAAGUUCUUUAAAGAAGAAAUAAGGUUUGACACCUGGCUUUCUUCUCAUUUAAAGCUGCCCCCCAGCUACCUGCUCAGCUACUCGGGCAACUACACCGACGAUGCCAAGAGCUGGCGGCUGGUCGACAUCACCCGCCUGACCUCCAAGUACCAGCACGACCGGGCCGACAAGCGCAUCUGCACCUCCCUGCUCAAGACCAAGACCUGCAGCCUGGAGCGCGCCCUGCGCCGCACACAGCGCUUCCAGAAGUGGCUGCGGGCCAAGCGCCUCACCCCCGACCUGGUCCAGGGCCUGUCCAGCCCAAUGCUGCGCUGCCCAUCCCAGCGACUCCUGGACAGGAUAGUGCGGCGCUACGCAGAGGUGCCGGAUGCUGGCAGCAUCUACAUGGACCAUCUCACCGACCGGGACAAGCUACGCCUGUUGUACACCCUGGCAGUGAAUUCACACCCCAUAUUGUUACAGAUCUUCCCCGACGUGGAGGGGUGGCCCUUCCCACGGUACCUGGGCUCCUGUGGGAGGCUGGUGGUCAGCGCCAGCACCCGACCCCUGCGCGAUUUCUACGGCGCAGCCCCCGAGGUGGCCGCCGACCUGGCCCUGCAGCUCCUCGCCGUGCUCCGCUCCAUGGGCACCAACGACCUCAACUACUUCUUCUACUUCACCCACGUGGACGCUGGCACCUUCGGCGUGUUCAGCAACGGGCAUCUGUUCAUCCGGGAUGCCAGCACGCUGGGGAUCAUCGACAGGGAGGAAGCAGGGAGCCAGCUGAUCGAUGGCCAGCAGGAGCACAAAGAUAUAUUUAGCUGCUUGACUGUGAACUGCCAGUCUGCGUUUGUGUCCUGUGACUCCAUCAGGGAGAAGCACAGCCUCGUCAUGGUGUGUCAAGAGCUUUUGCCCAAGCUCCUGGAGGGGAAAUUCCUGCAGCCCGUGCAGGAGAAGAUAGACAGCUUCCUCCAGCACUGUGCCGGAGGCCUCACCGACAACCAGGGUGUCAACGAGGCCAUUGCCGAGCUGGUGGAGAUCCUGAAACCUCUGCGGUCCUGCGACUCCCGUUUUGCCUACCGCUACCCCGACUGCAAAUACAGCGACAAAUACUGAGGGAGUGGGACCCCCUGGGAAGGACUGGGGCGGCAUCAGCCCCCUGCCAGUGCGGGAAGCGAGAAGGAACCAGGGCGGAUGGAAAGAGCUGCACCAAAUCUGGGGUUUUCUCAUCCAGGUGGAGGAGGAGGAGGGAGCAGAGUGCACGCAGGAUUUAUUGUCCAUCUCCCAGAGAUGCAUUUGUUACGUGGGGUAUUAGGCAUGAUGUAUGGCUUAAGGAUUAUUAGCGUUAUCAUGAGUGACAGGGGCUACGGGAUUAAUAAAUCUCAUUCACGUA